AUGACGCUCGCGCUCGCGGUGAUGGCGAGCGCGUGCGGCGCGCGCGGCGCCGCGGCGGCGGUCACGGAGCUCCGCACGCUCGCGGGGUCGUUCAAGUUUAAGACGGACUUGUCGAGCGCAUCGAACGUGACCAUUAUGAACAAAACGGCUGACGUGAAGAUUACCGAGGCGCUCAAGCUGAGCGAACACGUCGCGCACUUCGCCGCCGAGCUCGCGACGUUCGACGGUGUCAGCUCUGACUGGGGUGACAUGACUGAAGAUUACGACGCGUGGAUCGCACCUUGGGUCGAGAACAACACGCUCUACUCGAACGAAUGGGUUCGUCUCACAGAGAAUAAGAUUCCGAUAGUCGACGGUAACGAAGUCGAGGUGCCUAGCGAUCCGCUCAGGAGUUACGUCGCGGCUGCGGUCGCGAAGGCGAAGAGCGACGCGGGGAGUAUCAAAGCGAUGAAGGAAAUCAUCGAGAAGACCGUUUGGGACGCCGCCGGGUAUCAAGCAUCUCUCAAGGCGCUCGCCACGGCGCAGGAAGUAGAUUCGAGCUCUCCGAAGAACGGCGUCUGUGUGUCCGGAACAAGCCAGACGGAUGCGACGAAGGCGCACUGGGAUCUUGGCGCGGCUUUGAUCAUCGGCGAUGGCUACCACUCCGUCUUGGGACGCGCGCAGAAGCGCGGGUUCGAGUUUGGCACCAUCGGCGCCACGGGCGUCGCGAAGGCGUACGAAAAGAUUAUGAAGCUCUUGCGCGCCGGACAAGAAGAAAAAACGUGCGCUGGAUCGGACAUGACCCUGCAUGAAAUCUACGAACGAAUUGAGUGGCAAAUGCGCGUCGUUUACUCGCAAUCGAUUCUCAAGUACGUGUACAAGAUGGACAUGGCGAUCGCCUCUGGAAAUGUGACCGCCAAGUUUCACGAUCUGCACGCCGAGGGUCAAGCCAUGUAUCGCGUCAUCGCAGGCGACGUCAUGGCCAAAGCAUCGACCGAGGGCGCAUGGUUGAACGAAUACUUCAGAAUCAACGUGAAGCGGACUGCUGGUUCAUGGAAUUAUGCCAACUACUGCGAGGCUCGCAAGCACGUCGUCGCUUUCAUCAAAACUGGAUCGACGCACGACGUGAAGGAAAGCGACCUCGGAACGUACGUCGACGCCGCCAACGUGGACUGCGAUGCAAAGACCAAUCACGAUCCUUCCCUUGAGCUCAAAUCCUUGGCGGGGUCGUAUUAUCCCACGGACCUCACGUCGAGUUCGGAUUCUGGCGCUCUCGCUCGGUUCAAGCGCGCGAAGGCGCUCGGCGCUAACGUCGCGCACAUCUUUGUCGAGUUGGCUGCGUACGUCCUGAACAAGAAGUCGGACUGGAGUGACAUGAGCGAAGAUUUUGUCGAGUCGUACAAGGAGUGGACCGAGGAUUGGACGUCGUACAAAUCGAACGAGUGGGAUCACAUGACCAAGUACGAAUUCCCGAAAACUCGUGCGAGUGGAAAUUACCCCGCCAGUUCGACACCUCUUUCCACGUACGUCAGCGACGCCGUGGAACUCGCGAAGGACGAUACACGCCGUGAAGCGGCCAAGGAGAUGAUUGAAAAGACGAUGAUGGAUGCAGUCGGGUUCCACGGCGCGCUCAAUCUGUUGAGCAAGGCGCAGGCACUCGUCGCGGAUGGUGGUGUGUGCGAGACUGGUUCACGCAACGACGAGCAAGACGGUCGUUGGGACGCCGCGGCGGCGUUGCUCAUCGGCGACGGCUACCACUCCGUGCUCGGUCGCGCGCAAAAGCGAGGCGCCGAGUUCGGCACUUUAGGUUCCACGCACUCCGCCAAGCCGUACGAACAGAUCAUCCAACUUUUGCGUCAAGGUCAAGAGGAGACAGAUUGCGGUCAACUUCACGAGAUUUACGAAUUGAUUGAAAAGUGGCUUCGCGUCGUCUAUUCCCAAAGCGUUAUCAAGUACGCGUACAAGAUUGAUACAAAGUUGAAAUCUGGCGAGAUGUCGGCGUACGACGAUCUCACCGCCGAGGGUCAAGCGAUGUACCGCGUUAUUGCCGCGGAUGUGAAGCGUAAGGGAGCGACUACCGCGCCAGACGCGUACACGUUCUUCGACGACCUCUUCGACGUGCGCAAAGGGCCCACCGCUGGGUCUUGGGCCUACGCAAACUAUUGCAAAGCCAUCGACCAGUUGACAAAGGCGUUAUCCUCCAGCACGCCAUCGCACGCCGUGACGGAGUCCGACAUUGGCACUUACAUGCAUGCGUUUCACGUCCACUGCGCGACGCAAACGGAGCACGGUUCGUCGUCCAGCGUCGCCGCGUUGUUUGAAAAGGUGCACGCGUUGGGCGCCCCAGAAUCUGGCGCGUCGAAGAAGGAGGUGCGCGCGGUCGAGGCGCUCGCCGCGUUCAGCUUUGUCGUCGGUUUAGCCGGUCUCGUCGUCGGCUCCGUCGCGCUCCACAAGACGCGCAGAGGCGGCGCGACGGCGUUCAAGAGCUCGUACGUCGUGCACAACGUGUAG